GAAGUCAUCAAUGGUUCACUGGUAACGAAACAGCAGUCAAUUCUAACAUUUAGUUCAACAUCAAAGCUAUAGCAAAGUGGACGUAUAGAGAAAAACCUUUAAAAGUAAAAGAAACCCGAGAUCAAAACAAAAAUCGAAGAAAAACCUCGUAUGUCAGCUGUGCAGCAUAUACAAAUCGUCUCGAAGCCCCAUUCAAAAAUCCCACCAUGGAGUUACGCAUAAAAUCCAUUGUACAGUGUUUCUUUGCGGAAUUUCUGGCCACUGCCAUGGUUCUAUUCACCGGUUGCAUGGGUGCCCUGGAGACCAAUCAGUUUAUGAAUUCCCUGUUUCAAUACAGUUUGAAUAUGGCUUUGAUGGUCAUGGUGGCUGUUCAAUGUUUUGGUCAUGUUUCCGGAGGUCACAUAAAUCCCGCCGUCACUUUGGCCAGCGCUGUGUGUGGAGUGGUGCCAUUUCACAUGAUCCUGGUGUAUUCGGUGGCCCAACUUUGCGGUUCUGCUGUGGGUUUUGGUCUACUCAAAUGGAUUAUGAGCACUGAGCAGGGAUUUUGUAUGACCCUACCGGGUACGGGCAUAAGUGUGGGCCAGGCUUUUGCUAUAGAAUUUGUCAUCACAAGUAUUUUGAUUAUGGUCUGCUGUGCUUCAUGGGACAUGAGAAAUUCCAAAUAUCAAGAUUCCUUGGCCAUACGAUUGGGUUUAACGGUGGGAACUCUGCUAUUUUCAGCGGCUAAUCUCAGUGGUGGCAGCAUGAGCCCUGCUCGCUCCUUUGGUCCAGCUUUAUGGUCAUUAAAUUUCAAAAACAAUUGGGUCUAUUGGGUGGCCCCCUUGUCUUCGUCGUUGCUAACGAGUAUUGUCUACAAAAAGAGUUUUAUGACCACACGGCAGUCAUCUUCACAAAUAUCAAUGGAAAUAGUAGAUUAAAAAAAAUUAAGUGUGAAACACUAGGCACUAGAA